CCGUGCCAACCAAAGACAACGACGGCGAGCUUAAAAACCCGAUCUCCGAUCGGCGGCCGGUGCUUUUCACUUCACUCUCCUCCAAUGGCUUCAGUCUCUAUUCCAAUUCUCAAGCGGAUUCUCUUCUCUCCGUCUAAACCCAAACCCCUCCGUCUCUCGUCACUCUCAUCUGCAUCUUCUGUUUAUCAGCCUCCGCCGACCGAUCCCAUUAUAUCCGAUGCCGUUUUAAUUCUGACCCACCACCGCUCCAAGUCCCGCUGGUCCACUCUCCUCUCCCUAUAUCCCUCCGGCUUCACCCCCUCCCAGUUUUCCGAAAUUGCUAUCAGCGUCAGGAACAAUCCUCAUCUUGCCCUCCGCUUCUUCCUCUUCACGCGCCGCCGAGCUCUCUGCACCCACAGCCUCCUCUCUUACUCCACUCUCAUUCAUAUCCUCUCUCGCGCCCGCCUCAAAUCUCGCGCGCAGAGUCUAAUGAGUCUCGCUUUUCGCGCUGCGAGAAGUCCGGAUGCUGACUCUGCUUGCUACGAAACUGAAUCUCAACGUGUGUUGAAAGUGUUCGAGUCGCUUGUGAAGACGUAUAACCGAUGUGGGUCUGCCCCCUUUGUGUUUGAUUUGUUGAUAAUGUCGUGUUUGGAGUCUAAAAAGAUUGUGGGGUCUGUCGAGAUUAUGAGGAAGUUAAUGUCCCGAGGAAUAAGCCCGCAAAUCAGCACCUGUAAUGCUUUGAUUUGGGAGGUUUCCAGGAGCAGAGGAGCAUUUGCAGGGUAUGAGAUUUACAGAGAAGUUUUUGGUUUGGACGCUGAGUCUGAGAGGGAUGUAAAAUGGGUGGUCAGAGUUAGGCCUAAUGUGCACACUUUCAAUGCAUUAAUGGUGUGUUUUUACAAGGAAGGUGAAAUGGAGAAAGUAAAGGAGAUAUGGAGUGAAAUGGAGGAAUCAAGUUGUAAGCCCGAUGUCUAUAGUUUUAGCAUUUUGAUGGAGGUUCUUUGUGAGGAGAGGAAUAUGAAAGAAGCAGAGAAGUUAUGGGAAGAAGUGCAGGUUAGAGGAUUAAAGCAUGAUGUUGUCGUUUAUAACACAAUGAUUGGUGGGUUUUGCAGAAAUUUAGAAAUGGAGAGAGCUGAGGAGUUCUUCAGAGAGAUGGCAUUGAACAGGAUAGAGAGCACUUCAGUUACUUAUGAGCAUCUUAUAAAAGGAUAUUGCAAAGUUGGUGAUGUUGAUGAGGCAAUGCUUGUGUAUAAAGAUAUGCGGAGGAAAGAUUUCAGGCCAGAGGCUUCAACUAUGGAUGCCUUGGUUAAAGGACUCUGUGAUGAAUUUAAGGUGCUUGAAGCCUUAAAGAUGCUAAAGGUCGCAAUGGCGGAUUAUCGUUUUUGUCCUACAAGAAAGAGUUAUGAGUUACUAAUAAAGGGCUUGUGUGAAGAGGGAAAGAUGGAUGAAGCAUUAAAGCUUCAAGCUGAGAUGAUGGGGAGAGGAUUUGAACCAAAUUUAGUGAUUUACAGUGCUUUUAUAGAUGGUUAUGUCAAACAAGGAAAUGAGGAAAUGGCUGCUUCAUUGAAGGAGGAAAUGCUUGAAGCUCUAAAAGCUCAAAAAGACUCCGCAUGUGAAUGAGGACCGAUCAUUAACAUGCAUUAACAUGGACCUACUUGGCUACAUUUCUUAUUUAUGAAGAGCUCCGAAAUCUAGAUUUUCCACAGAAAAAAAAGCAAACUUCGUGCUAGAAAUUGAUUCUGCUCUCUGGUUCUAGCUUUUACUAAAUAUAUACCACCAUGCAUCUUCUUCUUGAGUCUUCUUUUCAAGAGGGAUAUUAUAAUGUUGUUGAAGUGUCCGUCUAAAACACAAGAGUUCUUGACUCUUUCUAGACCUGCUAGAUUGUUCAUGUGCUAACUCCGAGUUGAAGAUCAAGCCAAAGGAAUUUCAGGAGAUCUGUACUCUCUCUUGUUUGUAAUUAUUUCAGGUAAUUCUUCAACUCUGUUGCUUUUACUCUUCCAAAUCCCUAGUUUUUACUCUAACUCCAGUUUCAAAAGUUUAUCUUCAGAGUUAAUAGAUUCUUAUUGGUCAUUAUUGCCAGGCUUUGUUUGAUUCUGCAGCUUCUGUUGCUUCGAACCAAAUAGCUUUGUUUGUUCCACCUGAUAAUUUUGCGUGUGCUUGAUCUCAUCCUUUCUGUAGUUUCAUUCUAGACUCUUAACCCUCCAACUUUAGGAAGAAAGUUCCGAACUUUUUAGAAAAAGAAUUACAAAUUGGAUGUUAACUUGACGAUUUUGGAUCUUCGACAUUCUUCUAAUAAAGUCCCAAACUUUGAAAAGUAAAGUUCCAAACGCUUCAUCUUGUAAGUUCGUGGCAAGCUUGAUUGUCUCUUACUCCUGAUUGGUUCUGAUCUGAGUCAUCGUGGUAUGAACAAUGGGAUAAAAAUUUGGAGUGGCAUGUAGCGAAAAGGAAGGUAUUGUUUAGUAACCGUCUCUUGGAUUGUUUUUCCGCUUCUCCAGAUAACUAAGCCAUGGCUUCUUUCUCUGCUUCAUCAUCAAGGGUUCAGGCACAACAGAAUAAGACUGUAAAUGCUAUGAAGAAAUACCCAGCUUUCUUCGAGGUCUACAUUCCUCAUAUCAGCACCACCGAAGAAAAUUCCUGCUGCAUCUAUGAUAACCAUAGGUGUACGUAUUCCCGAUAAAAUUAUCAUUAGAAAAGGUAUUGGGAAAUUUGGGAUGUGGGGAUAAGCAAGAUUUGCGGCGAAGCGGUUUUUCAUAGUGGUUGGCUGAAAGUUAUUAAAGAUAACCAUCUAGUUUUAAGAUAACCAUCUAGUUUUUAGAGAUUUUCUGGUACUUUGAUACAAUGGUGCCCAUCUGUUUGAUGUUGAGAUAUUUGAGUAUGAUGGGUGUGAGAAGAAACUGAGUUUUCUCAAAGAAGAGCAGGAAGAAGAACAGUACGAAGAGGAGGAGGAGGAUACCAGUUAUUCUGAUUAUAUUGAAGAAGAAAAAGAGGCGAAUGCUUCGAAAAAGGAUAAACAAUGUGAAAAGAAAACCGAUGGUGAUUUGAAGUUGUUUCUUUUUCCAUAAUUAAGAUUGC